AUGUCUGAUCCAUCAUUGGGUGCCCCUGAUGGCAACAUCACAAACAAGCGAAAGCGCGAUAGUUCCGACAGUACUGGACCUGACCCCCAGCGAUUGAACCGCUCUUCAAAUGGAAGUAACGGCAGCAUACCCGGCCCAGACACACAGAACUUCACACACAACUCACUUGGCUCAUACGAACAUGGCCUCCCCAGUACAACGUCAGAGUUGAAUAUUGACCAGCAAAUCCUUCAACAUGUUGGCCCCCAAAACGGCCUAUCGGAUGAAAACGCUCUCACUGCGAAAGCCGCAUUGGCUGCGCACACACCCCAGAACAAAUACCCCCCGCCACCGGAGUCAGCUUUUGAUGCCAACAAUCUCACCCACGGCCUAACGUUUGGGGAUGAAAUGGGCCAAGCUAUUGGUGGAACACAUGGUCAUAACUCAACUGCUGCUGCUGUCUACGCUGCUCGCGAGGCUCAGAGCAUGAACCAGAAGCCUUCAGUGGGCUCGCCUGAAUGGCAUCAGAUUCGAAAGAACAACCACAAAGAAGUGGAACGUCGACGUCGCGAAGCGAUCAACGAAGGUAUCAAUCAGAUUGCUCGUCUGGUCCCUAAUUGUGAUAAGAACAAGGGUGCCAUUUUGCAGCGUGCGAUCGAGUACAUCUGUCAAUUGCAAGAUGAAAAGAAAGCUAUCAGUGAGCGGUGGGAUCAGAGCAACAUGACAACGAACCAUGCUAUUACUGAAGUCAGCAACCAAAACUCGAAAUUGAAAGCGGAGGUCAACCGUCGUGGAGACAUUGCAGUGAAGUGGCUGCAACGGUGUCGCGACGCUGGUCUUGAGUUUGACGACUACGAAGAAUCCAAGGAACUCGGGCCGUGCGAUGUGGACCAGAGUCAGAUUUGA